AUGUUGUACUCUGAACAGUUUACCUCAGACAUGAAUCUUCCAGCGGAUGGAGCCUCGCCGGAAUCAUUCUCUCUGUUCUGUCCGUGCUGUACAUCGUCGCCCUCCGAGAUGAAUGCUUUAUUCAAUAUAAGCUACCUGUCUGCAGAACUGGAAGAACAGCUCCUGCGGACCCUCACAUUCUACUUGUCUUUAUUCUUCUGUAUUCAAGCCAUAGCUGUUCUGCCACAUAAUUCUCAGGUGACUAAGAACUGGUUGCUGAUUAAAUUACUCUGCCAUCAUGUCUUUACUGUAUUACCCAACCAAGGUAUUAUUCGCCGGGUCAGCUUGUUAUACCAUGCACGCGCUAAUCCCGGGGAUGUGCUGCUUAUUACUGCCUACCCAGAUAAUAAGCUCAUGGCUAUUAUCACAGUUUUAUAUAAUAGACCUGUCUUGGGAGGAACAGCUGAUAUGAGAUACUGA